AUGAGAACAACACUACUUCUCCCCUUCCUGAGCAGGCCAUUGCUCGUCCACGGCAGCCUAGCUCAGGUGGAAAUAUGUGGGCUCGAGAACUCGCUGAUCCCGGCUUGGCCGGUCUGCGUCGCCGACCAAAGAUACCUGGAGCGCCAGGACGGUGAGCGUGGUGAUGCUUUGCGGCAGCACAUCUGGACACACUCAUCGCCGUGUCUCCAGGGCCGCUAUGCAGAACAGCCGAUCUGCGUAUUCACCGACACGAACUUUGCCGACGGUAGGGGUAUCUCGCUGAUCACGACACCCCAACGAGCGAGGUACCUCGCCUCGAAACCGGCCUUCACCAGGCCCGAGACAGUCCGCGGCAUCAAUCAGGAUCUCAACCGCACCGUCCCCGCCAAGUACGAGAUGCGCCACAUCCCCGGCAAGGGCAUGGGCCUGAUUGCCACCUCCCACAUCCGCCGCGGCGACCUGAUCAUGGCCAACACGGCCUCCCUCAUGAUCGACUACCGCGCCUUCAACGAGCUCUCCAAGCACGAGUACACCUCCCUCCAGGCCGCGGCCGUCUCCCACCUGCCCUCCUUCCACGCGGACCGCCUUCUCGCCCUCUCGGCGCACGUAACCGAUACCUCCCACCUCGCGCGCGAAGAGCUCAUCGAAAAGAUCGCCGCCACCAACAGCUUCGACAUUGACCCGGACGAGGACGAUCCGGACCAGCAUUACAGCUUCUUCGUCCUCUUCCCCGAGAUCGCGCGCAUGAACCACGACUGUCGGCCCAACGCCGAGUACCGGUACGAGGGCGGCGGUGGCGGCAGGGGCGGCAGGGGCGGACGAGGAGCGGGCAGCCUGGCCCAGUCGGUGCGCGCGGCCCGCGACAUCGCCCCUGGGGAGGAGAUCACGCUGAGCUACAUCGACCCGCUGCUGCCGGGCGGGCGGGCGGCGCGCGUGGACCGGCUACGCCGCAACUGGGGGUUUGCGUGCGCCUGCCCGCUGUGCUCGCUCGACCGGGCCCGGUCGGAGGAGUCGGACCGGCGGAUCGCGCAGAUCGCCGAGAUCAAGGAUGAGCUGGCCGUCUGGCCGGGUGAUGAUGGUGAUGAUGAUGAUGAUGAUAAUCACGACGGGGGGAACGAAGAAGAGGACGAGGAGGGCGGGGGAAAAGGAGGAACUGCGGGACGACCAUCUUCGCCGCCGCUGCGGGGGAGGACGGGGAAGACGGGCAAGGCCUGCCCGGCCAUGGCCGAACUGCUCGUCGCGCUGUACGAGAUGGAGAGGCUGUGGGGGCUGAUGCACGAGGCGUACAUGCUGGCGGCGCUCGAGUACAACGGCGCCGGGGACCCCUGGACGGCGGUCAAGUACGCGAGGCUGGCGCUCGAGUGGGGGAUCCCCAUGCUGGGGGAGGCGGACGAGGACUUGGAGGACAUGAGAGAACUGGCCUCGGACCCGCAGAGGCAUUGGAGCUGGAGGAGGAGGAGGGCGGAGCCGAAGUGA